AUGCACAGGCAAAAGGUCUCUCGAAGAAAUUCCGCUAAGACAACAAAGCGAUUCCCGAAGAUGCCAUUGUUAAUGAUCACACAAGAGAAGAAGACUUCUAUAAAUGAUUUGAAUCGAGCUUCAAUAAAACACAAAAUUGCCCUCGCUUUGAUGUUCAGUGGGAAAAUUUUUCUCAAUGCUUCUUUGAAACAUUCCAUAGCGUAUCAUUCACAACACUUACCAUUAAGAGAAGAGUUCAGAGAGAACUUUUAG